GCAGGAAAGGCUCGUUCUGCUCGGGGAACCGGGCACCGGGAGCGGGGCACUGGGAAACUGGGCACCGGGAGCCCCGCGCCGGGCAUCCACAGCCGGUAUCCAGUACCGGGAGCUGGGCGCACAGCUGAGGGUGCCGGCUCUGGAUGCCCGGUGCGGGGUUGCCGGUGCCCGGUUUCUGGUGCCGGGUGCCCGCAGCAGGUUGUCCUGGCGUGUCCUGGGAUGUUCCCUGGCACUGGGAACUGGACACCUGGAAUGAGGCAAAUGUACCAGCACCUGGCACUGGGAACAGCCAGACCUGGCACCCUGACUGGGAUCCUGGCACUGGGAAUGGGGCACCCUGCACUGGGAUCCUGGCACUGGGAAUGGGGCACCCUGCACUGGGAACCAGACACUGGGAAUGGGGCACCUUGCACUGGGAUCCUGGUACUGGGAAUGGGGCACCCUGCACUGGGAUCCUGGCACUGGGAAUGGGGCACCCUGCACUGGGAUCCUGGCACUGGGAAUGGGGCACCCUGCACUGGGAUCCAGGUACUGGGAAUGGGGCACCCUGCACUGGGAUCCAGGUACUGGGAAUGGGGCACCCUGCACUGGGAUCCAGGUACUGGGAAUGGGGCACCCUGCACUGGGAUCCAGGUACUGGGAAUGGGGCACCCUGCACUGGUAACCUGGUACUGGGAACUGGGCAUGCUGCACUGGGAACCAGACAUUGGGAAAGGGGCACCUGGUACUGGGCACCUGGAAUGUGGCACUGGACACCCAAUACUGGGAACUGGGCACCCAGCACUGGUGAACACGCACUGGGAAUGUGCCAUCCUGCACCGGAACAUGCAGAAACAGGAAUGGGGCAGGCAGCCCUGGGCACUGGACAAUGGGAACAGGACAUCCUGCAAUGGGUACCUGGCACCAGGAACUGGGCACUGGGAACCUUACACUGGGCAUCCAGACCUGGCACCCAGCACUGAACACUGGAGACUGGGAAUGGGCACUUCCCGUUCUGGGAAUGUGGCAUCCAGCACUGGGCAUCUGGCACCAGGAAUUGGGACUGGGAGCCUGGCACUGUGCAGCCAGACAUGGCAGCUGGUACCAGGAACUGGGCAUUUGGCACUGGGAACAGGGCAUCCUGUACUGGACACUGGGAGCUGGGAAUGGAGCAUCCUACAAGAGUUGCCCAAUACCAGGAACCAAACACUAGGAAUUCUGCACGGGGCACUGGGCACCUGGAACUGGGCACCCUGUGCUUGCACCGGGAACUGGGCAGCCAUACUGGGCACUGGGAUUCAGGAACUGGGCAGCCACGCUGGGCACUGGGAUUCAGGAGCUGGGCAGCCAUACUGGGCACUGGGAUUCAGGAACUGGGCAGCCACGCUGGGCACUGGGAUUCAGGAGCUGGGCAGCCAUACUGGGCACUGGGAUUCAGGAACUGGGCAGCCACGCUGGGCACUGGGAUUCAGGAGCUGGGCAGCCACGCUGGGCACUGGGAUUCAGGAGCUGGGCAGCAGGAUCUCUGCACCAGGAACUGGGCAGGCAGCACCAGGCACCCCAGUCUGCCCACUGGGAACCCUGUGCCUGUUACUGGGAGCUGGUUAUUGGGUGCCCCAUCCUGGAUUCCAGGUAUUCCAGCUGCAGUGGACACUGGUGGGAACAGAGCAGUAACUGGAGAGCCUGGACUGGGAAUGAGUUGCCACCAUUACCCCAGACCAGGCAGGAGGUACUGGGAACCCCAGAGGGGGACUGGGCAUAACUGGGCACUGGGAUUCCCUGCACUGGGAGCUGGGCAGGGUCCACUGGGAGCCAGGUGCCCCUUACUGGGAGCUUGGCAGUGUCCAGUGGGCUCUGAGCACUGGGACUGGGACCAGUCAUGGUGCAUCUGAAUGGGUCUGGGUGCCCAGUAUGGCACAGCUGGAUGGAGCUGGGCACCAGUACAGCAUGGCCAGGCAGGCAGGACUGGUUACCCAGUAUGGCACAGCUGGAUGGAACUGGGUGCCCAGUAUGGCAUGGCCUGAUAGGACUGGGGAUGGACUGGACACCCAGUUUGGCACAGUUGGCCAGGUCACCAUUGCCGCUGGCUCAGUGGCCACCAGUCCCCCCAGAACAGAGCCCAGGACACUGGCCAGGCACAGCCAGUGGAGCCAUGACUCUAUGGGAGCCAGGGGGUCCCAAGGGUGUCACAUCCUGUGACCAGGACGUUCCCAGGGGUCUCAUGUGCCAGGACUGGGGUGUCCUCAGGGAUGUUCCAUCCCAGGGUAAAUGUAUCCCAGGGGCAUCACAUCCCAGGACAGGGUUUUCCCAGGAGUGUCACAUCCCAUACUGGACGUCCCCAGGAACAUCCUGCUGGCACUGGGCUGUCAGGAUGAGGACCCUGGAGAUGGCGACACACCACAGGGCGACGCCACUCACAGGAUGGAUCUGUCUCUCUGAUCUAAUUUUGUCUGGUUUAAUUGUUCCAGGAGCAGGAAUGUCGGGAACAUCCCUGUGUGGGAGCACCGGGACCAUCCCUGUGCCAGCCACUGACAGGAUUUUGUCUCUGGCAGGAUCAGGGUCAGAGCUGGAGGAGAAUGGUAGGAGUGGCAGCAAGAAACUGGACACCAUGACCCUGAUUAAGGAAGACAUGGACAUCUUCGGGCACUGCCCUGCGCACGACGACUUCUAUCUGGUGGUGUGCAACCACUGCAGCCAGGUGGUGAAACCCCAGGCCUUCCAGAAGCACUGUGAACGCCGGCAUGGCCCGCUCAGCAAGCUCUAUGCCCGUGCCACCGCGUGCCACGUCGCCGUGAACGGGCAGCCGGUGCCUGGCAGGACCCCCGGAGCGGCCAAAGCCCUGCAGGAGAAACAUCCCGGUGCCCGUGGGAGAGCCCAGCCCCUCCCUGAGCACACGGACAAGGAUAACAACCUCUGCUUGUUUGUGCCCGUGGUGAACCUGGAGAAGAUUCCCAGCAUUCCCAAACCGGACGGGCACGGGAUCAAGGUGCCCCCCAAAGCCGUCCCCACCAACUCCAAGGAAUCCCUGGGGAAACCCGCGGCUGCCGCGGUGCCCAGAGAGCCCCCGGUGCCGGCCGGGGUCGGGGGGGAUUCGGCCAUGCCGGAGAGCAUCCCUGCUCCGGGGGAGAAGGAUGUGGGGGCCCCCAAAGCGCCCCCCAGGUCCCACAGGAAGCUGGCGCGUAAGGAGUGUGACCUGAACCGGCAGUGUGGGGUGCGGAACCCCGACACCAACAAGCUCUGCACCCGCCUGCUGACCUGCAAGAUCCACUCGGUUCACCAGCGCCGGGAGGUGCAGGGUCGAGCCAAGGAUUUCGAUGUGCUGGUGGCCGAGCUGAAGGCCAGCACCCGCCGAGGGGACCCCCCAAAGGACAGGAGCCCCCCUGAGAAGGACCCACUGCACCCUGCCCUGCAGGACACCCCCUCACUGCUGCAGCCCCCCAAUACCCCUCCCUGCCGAGCCAGGCUGUCACACUGCUUGCACCCCACCAGGGCCCGACUUUCCUCUGACAGUGACCCUGAGGAUGCUCCGGCCACCUCUGGGGAGGGGAGCGUGGAAAGCUUCCCCCUCCCCCUGCCCAAGGGGGGCAGCCGCGUGUCCAGCGAGGAGAGCGAAGAGGAGGGGGGCGAGGAGCCCCCCCGGACCCCGAUGCGCCCACCACGGCCUCAGGCGUUCUGCACCUUCGGGAGCCGCCUGGUCACCCCGGGCUGUUACGUGUUCGACCGACGGCUGGACCGGUUCUGCGCCGCGCUGGGCUCCAUGCUGGAGCGGCACCUCAGCGCACACAGGUGGAGGAAGAUCCCUCCAGCCGUCAUCCCCCCUCUUCACCUCCCCGCAGCCCCCCCCAGCCCCGCUGCCCCCCUUUACGGCCCCGCGACCCCUUCCCCGCCCCUCCGGACCCUCUCGGCGGCGGGGGGCUGCCGGCUCCCCACCAGCCUCAGCUACACCGUGGGGUCCCCCCCGGCGGCGGCCGCCUGCAGCCAGCCCGAGUGCGGGGGAGGGGGCACGCAGUCCAUCACCUCCCCCCUCCCCGCCAACACCCCCUCACCCUCCUUCAGCAAACUGCCCCCCACCAAGGCCAGCAAAUCCCCCCGGGCGCGGGAGGCGUCCGGCAGGACGGACGCGGAGCCCCGGCCCUGGCAGCCCCCCGCCACGGCCGGCAGCCCCCCGUACAAACGGACCUGCUUGGGGGACAGCGCCAAGGGCAAAAAUCAGGGCUUGACUCCCCCCGGCAAGACGAAACUCACCCCCCCGGCUUCGCCCUCCGUCGCCAUCCUCAACGGGACCCCUCGGGUGCGACGGCCGCCCCCCGCCCAGCCCUGCCGCGCCCCCCCCGCCGCCCUGGACCCCCAAACGCCGCUGCUCGGGCUGGGGGGGCCCCCCCGGGGGCUCUCUGAGGAUGAGGUGAAGAAGCGCAAGAACUCGGCCACCUACUGCCGACCCCUGAAGCCCAAAGCCGCGCCCCCCCUGCCCGGACCCCCGGCCCCGCCCGGCUCCGGGACCCCCGGCUCGGGGGGCUCCGUCCGCAGGAAGAAACCGGGGGCGCCCCUGGGGUUCGAGGAGAAGAGGAGCGUCCUGAAGUCCAAAGCCCAUUAACAGAGGGGUCACCGGGCCCCCCCCCGUGUCCUCCCCACCGGGAAACGCCAGAAAACCGAUGAAGGGGGAAAAAAAAAAAUCCCAAGGAAACACGAAGGAAAAUCCCAAACUUCCAGAAAAUACCUCAAAACUCUCAGUUCUGUUCUCUUGCUGCUAAACCAGCCCCGGGAGGAGGGGGCGGCACUGGGACCCCACCCGGACCUCCCGGGGCCCCGUCGG